UCACUUUAUUUAAUUUUAUGUUUGUGUUGGCGAAAGCAGAAUAGCUCGCAGAAUAGUGUUUGAAUUUUCGUAUUUUCCGUGAAAAAUCUAGUGAUUUGUGUCCUACUUUUUCUCAAAAUAGCUCAGACACAGUGAUAAAAUCUUAUUGGGAUUGUGACGAAUCGAAUAUAUUUUUUUAAUUGUUUUUCAAGAAGAUAACUAUGGCAGAUCCAGGAUUUCCAGGUCAACAUACGACCACUACAACAGUGAAAUCGUCAAAUACUGCUGUAGAUACUACAAUAAGAUUUGAUUCCUCAUAUAUCAGGACUGUACCUGGCUAUCUGAAAAUUGCUCAGAUUGCUCUUAAUUUACUUGGUUUCAUUUGCAUUGAAGCCAGUGGAGUCUUCUCCUACCAUUCAAGAGGAUCAUGGUUUAACUUCGUUGCAAUGACAGCCUUUUGGGUUACCGGCAUUCUAUUGGCUUUUUACUUGUUCCAUAUUAUCGAACGGUUUUAUAAAGUACCAUGGCUCAAGUUUGAAUUUGGUUUCUGCGCAUUAUGGACUGGCUUAUACCUGAUUGCGGCUUGUCUGGCAGUUACUUACAGCAUUGAAGCUUAUAUUGCAGCUGGGUUCUUUGGGUUCUGUGCAAUGGUUGCAUAUGGUAUUGACGCAUUCUUCAAGUUCCAAGCAAUCAAAUCGGGCCAAUUAGCUCAAGGGGAAAGGGUGAUGAGUAAACAAUCGACUACCACUGUAACGACACCUUCAGCAUACCCAUAAGUAUAUCAAUUAUGUUGUUCAAAAAAAAUAAUCUGGCAAAAUUUUAGAAUGCACUACAAGUACAUUUUAUUUGCUGAAAAAACUUUGGGAUAUUAUUUAAAUUACAUGAAUCUGUCAAACUGAAUCUUUUAAAAUUGUGAUAUAAAAUAACUUUAUGCAACAAGUGUGUAAAGUGACUAAAGUGUAUUUUUUUUCACGAAUGUUAAUUUUGAAUGAAAAAAAGUGCUUUACACACCUGUUGCAUACAAUUUUUUCUCUAGUACCGACAACACAAAUCACAAAGCUAUAAAUUUGAAAAAAUAUACGCUCUGAUGUCUAAAGUAACUUAGGGUGUAAAGUGAAAUUACAUUUUUAUUGCAAAAAAGGGUGGCAAAUAAGGCCUUUAUAAUAUCAUAUUUUACAUUUGUGGGUAUUUAUGCAUUUUUGCGCCGAAACUAAUACAAUUUAUUAAGUGUUUUCUUUAUGUCACGCGCUACUGUGUAAAGUGAAUUGCCUAACGUCCUAGUGCGUGAAUAUUAUUUUUCUACUACUGUGCGUAAAGUUUUCACUCUAGUCACUUUACGCACAAUUCAAAUGUAACCAAAAGCAAUUUACCUUUGUAUUUCGAAUUAAUUAUUGUAAAAUGUAUUUGUAAUUUUUUUAUAGGUGAAAAACACUUUGUCGCAAUAUUAAUGUGACACUUUUCUUUGAAUUUUGCUAAAAUAUGUUUUGUAUUUAUUUUGCAUUAGUUUUAAGCAACUUAAUUUUAUUAUUAUGAAAUAUGUAUAUUGAUAUUGUUACCGCUUUGCCUAAUUAAUAAGUUGUUAAUAUUGUUUUAUACUUAUCAUUAUUGUUAUGUUAUAAUUUUUGUAUUAUUAAUUCACUUUUUUUUCAACUACUUUUAAUGCCUUCACAACGAAUCUUAUUACCUAUUUUUUUAAAAACUCUACCAAAUCUUUGCAUUUUAAGACAAAGGCUAGAAUAGAACAAAAUAAAAUAUAAAAAUAUUUUUAAUAUGUAUUAACUUUGUACUUAUAUUUGAAAAUAUUCUGAUACUGAUUUUAUAUAAAUAUUCUAAAAAAGCACUACUUUAUAUAAUUCUUUAAACAGAUUUUUUUAUAUUACUCAUAAUAACAUGCAACUACACUGUUUUUAAUUCUAUGAUGCUGAUUUACACUAAAUUGGAAUAUUGUGUGUUAUAUAAUAUUAUUAUAAGUCAUAAGUACAUAUUAUGUAGAUUUUUGUAGUGGGAUAAAUAGAUUCACAGUUUGAAAACAGUUGACUUUUUUUGAUUAGGUAUGGGGGAUCAAUGAUUUGUCAAAUAUUUUGGUAAAACAAUGCUGAAAGAGGCAUCGCACUAAAUGAGAGAUUUGUAAAUUGUCAAUAUUUUUCAAUAUUUUUCAACAA